AUGAUUUGUAAUAUUAUAGACAUUGCAUUCAGCUCAACACCAUAAAAAGGAAGGAUAUCCUAAGCUAAUACAACAGCUUCACCUGCAAGUUCAAGCGAUUCCUCCUUCGACUCCAAAUACAUGCCUAAAUUAUAAAUACCCAGACCAUAGUUGAGUUCAGAAGAGAAGUUUGAAGCUUCUUUAUGUGCAUUUGGUAUCAUCUUCAUAUCAUGAGACUUUAAACUGCUUAUGCCUGAUGAAGGGAGUCUUUAAAACCAAAAAUUACUUUUUUAAGAACUCAUAGAAAUGAAGUUCUUGUUUGAUUGUGAUGAAAAGCUAUUGUAUUAAAAAAUGAACACACUGUAUUACAACCUUGACAUUUGUGAAGAGAAUGUAAUUAUUAAUUUCUUAAUCCAGAUUCUUUAUGAUGACAGAACCACCCUAAUGUUAAAAAAUAUACCUAAAUACAUGAGACCAAGCGAUUUAAGAAACCUUCUAAACAAAGACUUCAAAUCAUAAUUUGAUUUUCUAUACCUUCCAUCCGACAACAAUGUAAUUAUUAAUUAAUCAGAUAAGAAUGAAGGAAAUUUAGGGUAUGCAUUUGUCAAUUUUAUUUCCCCAGAAAUUGUAUUGAGGUUUUUCAAAAAAUACAAUAACAAUAAAUGGAGUAUAAAUGAUAAAGUAGACUAAGAUAUUAAUUAUAAAAGCAAAUUUGUUAAUUGAAGUAUGCUAAAUUGCAGGGGCGAAGAGAUUUGAUGAACUAAAUGGACGAAUGAUGCCAAAGGC